GGAAGUCUAAUAUAAUGGAUGCACUUAGUUUUGUAAUGGGAGAGAAGACAGCUAAUUUAAGAGUGAAAAACAUUCAGGAACUCAUUCAUGGAGCACAUAUUGGAAAACCUGUUUCUUCUACUGCAAGUGUAAAAAUUGUGUAUGUGGAGGACAGUGGAGAAGAGAAGACAUUCGCAAGGAGUAUUCGAGGGACAUGUUCAGAAUUCCGUUUUAAUGAUGAUCCUGUGAGUCGUUCUGCCUAUACAGCAGAGUUGGAAAGGAUAGGCAUCAUAGUCAAAGCACGGAACUGUCUUGUUUUUCAGGGAACUGUAGAGUGUAUUUCAAUGAAAAAGCCCAAAGAAAGAACACAGUUUUUUGAGGAAAUCAGCACGUCAGGAGAGCUUAUAAGAGAAUAUGAGGAAAAGAAAAGAAAGUUACAAAAAGCUGAAGAGGAUGCACAGUUUAAUUUUAAUAAGAAAAAAAAUGUAGCUGCAGAGCGCAAACAUGCAAAACUAGAGAAAGAAGAGGCAGAACGUUACCAAAGUCUCCUUGAAGAACUGAGAAUAAACAAAAUCCAACUGCAGCUUUUCCAACUAUACCACAAUGAGAAAAAAAUUCAUUUUCUGACCACUGAGUUGGAGCAUGUGAAUAGGGAUUUGAGUGUCACAAAAGAGUCUCUCUCUCAUCAUGAAAACAUAGUUAAAGCCAAGAAAAAGGAGCAUGGGAUGCUAAGUAGACAACUACAACAAACAGAAAAAGAAUUAAAAUCUCUUGAAGCACUUUUGAAUCAGAAGAGACCUCAGUACAUUAAAGCCAAAGAGAACACUUCUCACCACCUCAAGAAGGCAGACAUGGCUAAGAAGUCAAUACAGGACAGUGAAAAACAGUGCUCCAAGCAGCAGGACGAUCUAAGAGCCCUGGAGACAGAGCUGGCUGACUUAGAUGGGGCAUGGAAAAGUUUUGAAAAACAGAUCGAGGAAGAAAUCUUACGUAAAGGGAGAGACAUUGAACUAGAAGCCAGUCAGCUGGAACGUUAUAAAGAACUUAAGGAACAAGUGAGGAGGAAAGUAGCUAUAAUGACUCAACAACUAGAGAAACUGCAAUGGGAACAGAGGGCGGAGGAAGAAAGGCUGGCAUUUGAGAAGAGACGGCGUGGAGAAGUUCAGGGAAAUCUGAAACAAAUAAAAGAACAAAUAGAAGAUCAUAAAAAGCGCAUAGAGAAGUUGGAGGAGUAUACAAAGACAUGCAUUGAUUGCUUGAAAGAUAAAAAACAACAAGAGGAAACUCUAUCGGAUGACAUUGAAAAAACAAAGCAGAGAAUGUCUGAGGUCAAUGAAGAACUGAAUCUCAUUAGAAGUGAACUGCAGAGUGCUGGGAUUGACCACCACGAGGGGAAACGCCAGCAGAAGAGAGCCGAAGUCCUGGAGCACCUGAAGAGACUCUACCCAGAGUCUGUGUUUGGAAGACUGCUUGACCUAUGUCAUCCUAUUCAUAAGAAAUACCAGCUCGCUGUUACUAAGCUUUUUGGCCGGUACAUGGUUGCCAUUGUUGUAGCCUCUGAAAAGGUAGCAAGAGAUUGUAUUCGAUUUCUGAAGGAGGAAAGAGCUGAACCCGAGACAUUCCUUGCUCUGGAUUACCUUGAUAUCAAGCCAAUCAACGAGAGCCUCAGAGAGAUUAAAGGCUGUAAGAUGGUGAUUGAUGUCAUUAAGACUCAGCUUCCUCAGCUGAAGAAAGUGACCCAGUUUGUGUGUGGGAAUGGCCUUGUCUGUGAGACACUAGAGGAAGCACGGCGGGUUGCAUUUGGUGGGCCUGAAAGACGGAAAACGGUAGCUCUUGAUGGAACACUGUUUUUGAAAUCUGGGGUGAUCUCUGGAGGGUCAAGUGACUUAAAACACAAGGCUAGAUACUGGGAUGAAAAGGAGUUAAAGAAUAUGAGAGACAGAAGAGGACUGCUAGUCCAGGAGCUAAAGGAUUUAAUGAAGGCACUCCGCAAGGAAACCGAUUUGAAACAAAUACAGACUCUGAUACAAGGAACACAUACACGACUCAAAUAUUCGCAGAGCGAACUGGAGAUGAUUAAAAAGAAGCAGCUUGCUGCUUUUUACCAGGAACAAUCUCAGCUGCAAAGUGAACUAUUAAAUAUUGAGUCUCAAUGUACUAUGCUGGAUGAAGGAAUCAAAGAACGACAACGAAGAAUUGAAGAAUUUCAAGUGAAGAUAAAUAAGGUAGAAGAUGAUAUUUUCCUGCACUUCUGUGAAGAGAUUGGAGUGGAAAAUAUUCGUGAAUUUGAAAACAAACAUGUUAAACAGCAACAAGAAAUUGAUCAAAAAAGAUUAGAAUUUGAAAAACAAAAAACUCGGCUUAAUAUUCAACUCGAAUAUAGUCGCAAUCAGCUUAAGAAGAAACUGAAUAAGAUCAACACUUUAAAAGAAACUAUCCAGAAAGGUAGAGAAGACAUUGCUAAUCUAAUGAAGGCUGAAGAAAACUGCCUUCAAAUUGUGAGUGAUCUCAUGGAGGAACGGCAGCGACUUCAGGGUGUGUGUGUCACUCAGAGUUCCCACGCAGAGAGAGUUCAGGCUCAAAUUGAAGAGGAACGAAACAAGUUUUUGGCUGUCGAUAGGGAGGUGGGAAAGUUGCAGAAACGAAUGGUGGUCCUGCAGAGUUCUCUGGAGCAGAAACGAGUAGAGAAGCACAACCUGCUGCUGGAUUGCAAAGUCCAAGACACUGAAAUCGUUCUUCUGCUGGGCUCGCUGGACGACAUCAUUGAAGUGGAGCUGGGAACCGAAGCAGAAAGCACCCAGGCAACAACUGAUAUCUAUGAAAAGGAAGAAGCCAUUGAAAUCGACUACCGCUCUCUCCGAGGGGACUUGAAGGCUCUGCAGUCUGACGAAGAGGUUGAGGCCCAUCUUCGGCUCCUGCUGCAGCAGGUGGCGUCCCAGGAGGACACCCUAUUGAAGACCGCAGCCCCCAACCUGCGCGCCCUGGAGAACUUGAAGACCGUCAGAGACAAGUUCCAAGAAUCCACAGAUGCCUUUGAGGCCAGCAGGAAGGAAGCCAGAAUGUGCAGGCAAGAGUUCGAGCACGUGAAGAAGAGGAGAUACGAUCUUUUCAGCCGGUGCUUUGAGCACGUCUCGGUCUCCAUCGAUCAGAUCUACAAGAAGCUCUGCAGAAACACCAGUGCCCAGGCAUUCCUUAGUCCCGAGAACCCUGAAGAACCUUACUUGGAGGGAAUUAGCUACAACUGCGUGGCCCCGGGCAAGCGCUUCAUGCCGAUGGACAAUCUGUCCGGGGGAGAGAAGUGCGUGGCGGCCCUGGCGCUCCUGUUCGCCGUUCACAGUUUCCGGCCUGCCCCGUUCUUCGUGUUAGAUGAAGUGGACGCAGCCCUGGACAACACCAACAUCGGCAAAGUGUCCAGCUACAUCCAGCAGCAGACUCAGGAGCAGUUCCAGAUGAUCGUCAUCUCCCUGAAGGAAGAGUUCUACUCCAGAGCGGACGCCCUGAUAGGCGUCUACCCAGAGCAAGACGACUGCAUGUUCAGUCGCGUCCUGACCCUCGACCUCUCUCAGUAUCCAGACACGGACGGCCAAGAGGGCGGCAGGAGGCAGCACGAGUCCCGUUAGGAGCCGUCCCCAGGCUCCCGCCUGCUGUGCCGACGCUCGCAGGUGCCUGACGGCACUGAAUGAGGUUCGCCCCUAAAAACCUCGUUCUCAAACAAGCCCGUCAGAACACGGAGGUCCGUGUCAUCUCGCCUGGUACCUUUAAGGGAAAAACACUUGAUUCUUCAGUUACAAGUGACGGCGGUUACAGGGGAGUCAGGUGUCGGAGCUGGUUUUAUGGGAGGUUUGAGGAACUGCAUGGUGACACUGAACUAGCAAUAAAAACGUAAUCUCAGAGGUCUC